GUUAAUCUCCGAGCCACUGAUGUGAAGCUUAUGCGCCAGCUACUCAUCAUCAAUGAGAGUAUCGAAUCAAUCAAGUGGAUGAUUGAAGAGAAGGCCAUUGGCAGCAGAGGUAGCAGUUUGAGUGGCAGCCUGUGCAGCUUGCUGGAAAGUCAGGAGACAUCCCUCCAUGGCAGCUGUAACAGUUUACAAGACUGUAGUGAUGGACUGGAUGGAAUAUCAGUGGGGAGUUAUUUGGACACCUUAGUGGAUGAUGUCCCUGGUCACCAAACCCCUUCAGAUAUGGACAAGUUCAGUGAUUCUUCUAUUAUGGAGGACUCACAGCCUCCGCAUAAGCAUCCCAAAAUUGAUUCUGAUGAGUACUACUGUUUUGGUUAAUAAGAACAAGUUCCAGUGGGACAUAAAUGCACUUGUGCUUAUCCUUUUUCUUUGCUGCUAUUUUAUUUCAUGUGCAAAAUUCCCAAACUUCUCUUGGAAGGAAAACAUAAUAUGGUACUUUCAUUCCACUUCAUAACUUUUCUGUUGCUUCUAAUACAUUUUGUCCUUGAUGGGUUGGGCUUUCCUCCUCCUCACCUUUUCUUUUUCUUAAUUUAUUAUCACAAUUUUUCUUUUUUUUUUGUUUUAAUUUUUUACAAUGCUGUAUUUACAGAUCUUUAAAAGUGGUGAAGGAAAAGCUUUAUCUUUAAAAUGAGACAUCAGGGAAUGAGAGCAGCAAUUUUGUAUUUGUUGGCAAUAAAAUAUCUUCU